UAGGAUCGAUGCAAUUUUUUGGUGAAAUCUGCCAAAAAUUACGAUCAAUGGCUGAAAAACGGAGCGAAGAGCACGUUAGUUUAGAAAAGACUGCAGUUUCAACUAUAUUUUACGUUUUUGGUGUGGCUUUUGUGUGCAUAGCGUCAUGGAUCUCUGUCAAUUUGCGUUCAUUCUCAACCUAUACAGGCUAUACCGGCCUGACAAGACAAGCGUCCCAUGAAAUGUUGAAUUUUGGCGAAAGAAAUCUACGUUUUUCUGCCGUUCCCAACCAAAAGCCUAGCAGCACGGAAACUGAAGCUAUUAUCCUGACAGGGGAGGCUGCAGCAGCACUUCACAUGGCCAUAAAAAUGAACGAGGAAGGAAAAUCAGGAAAGGCACUCAAGUUGUUUCAACAAGCUUUGAAACUAUCUCCAAACAAUCCAGAUGUCUUGAACUCUUAUGGGGAAUUUUUGGAACACGAAAAGCUUAUUGAGGCAGAGAACUUGUAUACUCGGGCAUUGAUUAAUGAUCCUUCUCAUGACCGUGCAAUGGCAAAUCGGCAAAGGACGCUUCCUAAGGUUCAAAAGCUUGAUCAGGACAUGUUAGCAAGAAUAGAUGCCAAACGUUAUCAGUUGUAUGAUAUUCCAGAGGAGAAUGCUGCCCUACAGCGGGCAAUGAAGGAGGCUUACUACCAACACAUUCACCAUACCACUGCUAUUGAGGGUAACACAAUGACAUUGUCAAUGGCCAGAGCUGUCGUCGAGACUAAAAUGGCUGUGCAUGGCAAAAGUAUACUUGAACACAAUGAAAUCUUGGGACUUGAUGAAGCGUUAAAGUACAUCAACACAACCUUAGUACAGGGGAAGCAUUGCAUUACUGUUAAAAAUAUAAUUGAAAUACACAGACGGGUUUUAGGACAUGCACAUCCUUUAGAAGCUGGACAGUUCAGAAACACUCAGGUUUUUGUGGGCAACCAUGUCCCGCCUCAUCCUACGGACGUAGAGAGAUUUAUGGAUGAUUUUGAUUCUUGGCUGAGUCUGCCAACAAUCCGCAACCUUCAUCCAAUUGAGUUCGCAGCUUUAGCACAUUACCGGCUUGUUUAUAUCCACCCAUUUACAGAUGGUAAUGGCAGAACAGGUCGUUUAUUGAUGAACCUGAUUUUGAUGAGAGCAGGUUUCCCACCUGUUACAAUCAAGGUGUCUGAUAGACAUGAUUAUUAUGCAUGUCUCCAGGAUGCAAAUCGCGGUGAUGUUCGUCCUUUUAUUCGGUUUGUUGCAAAGUGCGCUGAAAGGACGUUAGACGAGUACUUGUCAGCUACGACUAUAUACCCAGUAAAACACAAGAGCAGAGGUUUAGACCAUAGUAGCCACCUUAAGAGAUUAGAUACUCUAAUCCUUAAUAAAUAGUAUAUACUCUAGAAUAAAUAUUUUAUUCAUAUUAUAAAAUGUAACAAUAGCAUGUAUUUUUAAAAUUUAAACAAAUAUAUUACCAUGUACAGUAAUGAAUGCAUUU